AUUUCAUGAUUUAUGUGUUUAUAUACAUACCAAAUUUAUAACCCAGAUUAUGUUUUAGUUAACUUUUAAAACCUGAAAGAAUGAUAAUGUUUCGUGUUAAUCAUUGUACAUAUCUUGUUACCUCUGUUAGUAGAUUUCACACAUCUACUACAACACAUUUAAAUCAGGGUUGGAGAAACGCCAAAAAAUUUGUACGGAACCCUAAUACAGCUGGGCCACUACUUACUUUACAAGAUUACUCAUUUAAAGAUAAUAAACCUACUCCUUAUGGUGCGAACCAACUAAAACGUAUGCAAAGACAUCAACAAUAUGCGAAAAAAAUUAUCCAACUAGUUAGUGAAGUUGAUUAUGCAGUUGAACGACAUGCUAAGUUAUUAAAAGAAAAAGAGGAACAAAAACAACAAAUUCUGGAUAGCAAAUUAAAACCUAAAGGACAGCAAUUAAUUACAAGUGAAUAAUGUUUCUAAACUUACUUUAUGUAUAUGUAAGCACAUGUAAAUAAUAAAAUUAUUGUAUUUUAA